CAUAACUCGGGGCACUGUCUCAGCCGAGGAUUACAAUCCGUUUGUCGAAACAAUGAGCGUUCAGUGCAAUCAAGUGAUGUUUAAUAUGACCAGUAUUGACUACUUUGCGGACUACCCCGAGUCAAAACAGGCCCAACAAACGGUUUUAUCGAAGUUUGGGCAUCACAUCCACGAUGAAGACCUGUUGAAGUCGUUUAAAGCGAAACGUCUGGAGAGAGCGAGCUCUUCAUUGGUGGGAAAAGUGCGGUCAUUUCCCUUCAUAAUCAAUGUCCUCCUGUUUGGUCCCAAAAAUCUACUCAAAACUAAGAGUCUUUUUAUGGAUGAAAAGAAAUACGAUUUGGUGAACAUUUUAAGACAAUUCUCGAACUCAAAGGCUAUUUAUAACGAGAUUCUCAACAACUAUCACAUUAUAUCCAACACUGGUCUUGAAACCCACGGCCCCGUCACUAUGGGCUCGUCCCUAAAAAAUGCUAUUCUUAAGGCUACCCUUCAGGGGGCUAUGAAGGAUAAUGCAGACCUGGACGCAGACUUCAAUGAAAUGAUCUCUUCGUGUAAUGAUGUGAUCAGCGCUGAAGUGCCCAACAGUUUGAGAGAUAUCGCGAAGUCUAUCAAAGAUAAGCAAACAUUCAAACAAUUGUCAGAUGAGGAGGCGCUACAAGUGUUAUAUAAGGGAACCGAUGAGUCGUCCGUUAAGUUCAAACAAUUUCUUGAAAGACACGGUCACAGAGGGUAUCGGGAAUUGGAUCCCAUGUAUAAACCAUGGAAAGGAAACCCCAUUCCUUGCAUUAAAACAAUUAAAACUAUGCUAUCAGGAAGUGAGAAACAAUUGGAGGCAAAAGUUGGUAAAUCUGUGGACCAAUUGAUUGAAGAACUCAAGACUCCAUUGACACCAAUAAAGAGAUUACUUAUUAAGAAACUACUCCUACCGUACACUCAACGCGGUGUGGGAUACCGAGAACUAUCGAAAUAUUUCGUGAUUUGGUUGAACGACAAACUGAGAGAUGGCUUCUGGUAUUUGGCCGAACAGAUGGUUAGGGAAGGACUCAUACCUUCCGCCGAAUCAUUCUUCUACUUAACCGUCACUGAAGUGGAAGCGCUCUGUAAUGGAGACAGAGAUCCCCUAAUUCUUGCUCGAGUUAGACACCGGAAAAGGCUUUACCCAAAAAUGGAUAAAUACAAGUUUGAUGAGUUCAUCAAAGGACCAGAAAUGAAGCCGAGAAAUUUUGAAGAUCGCAUUAUUCCUCCAAAUCUUGGCACAGGUAUGGUUCAGAUGAAGGGAACUCCAGUAAGUAAUGGAUCCAUAAAAGCAAGAGUUUGUGUCUCCGAAGAUAUCACAGAGGCUGACAGUAUCCAGCCGGGAGAUAUACUGAUCACAUACUCGACGGACAUCGGUUGGAGUCCAUACUUCCCUCUACUGUCGGGUAUUAUCACAGAAAUCGGUGGAACCAUAUCUCACGGGGCGGUCAUUGCCAGAGAGUUUGGUAUCCCGUGUUUGAUAGCAGUGGGGGGCGCCUGUAGUACAUUCAAAACCGGAGAUAUUUGUGUUUUGGAUACUAAGAGCGCGACCAUCACUAAAGUCGAGUAAAUCCUUGUCUCCAAACUAGGAAUAAAUACUUUACGAUAUAACCAGGGACAUUAAUUGUUUACUAGUACCGCU